UAUGUUACUGUUGUCUCGAAACGGAAAGAAACUGUUUGGAUUUCGUUAGAAGAUUCGCAUUUCGAAAAUGUUACGAAAAAUUUUAGCUCAAUGGAUACUGCCACUAUGAGCAUCUUCUCGUUUGUUUUGUUUCCGGGUGACAGGGCGGAACCAGAAUGUUGUCUGUCCUCACUAUUAGAGAAGUAG